CCCGCCUUCGAUACAUCAUACCCUGCUGUAGCUCAAUCUACGAGUGAGGACCAUGGCCGAGUCUGCUGAGUCGCUCGCCCUGGACUGGUUCGCAUCGACGUCGAGGAGGGUGGACGACCUCGAUGCGGAGCAGCGCCAGGCGCUUGAGUCCAAGCAUCGCUUCCGCCGAGAGCUCGCAGCAGCCCAGAGUACCAGCCACGGCGAUGGCAGCGACGGUGAGGGUGACUCAGGCAACAGUGGACUUCGAACACCAUCUGGCGUACCCGCCUCCAUCAUAGAAGCCAAAUCAAUUCCGUCUCGCGACGAGCUCUUGAGCGUGCUCAGAGCGUUGCAAGAAGCGCAGACCGCACAGGCUUCUCCCUUGUCAGACUCGGCGCAGGUGAUUCGCGUGACCUACGCAGCGUAUGCGCUCGCACUCAACAACCUCUUCGAAGAGGCAGGUAGGCUGCAAGAGUCCAGCUGGUACUGGAGUGGAGUCGAGGACAGCUCGUCGGCCACCGCCCUCUACCUCCUCCAGACAUUACCCGCACGCCUGAACCUUUUGGCGCAAGAGGCUUACCGUGUACUUAAGAAUGGAGCACGAUCCGCUGCCGACUCGUCUUCAGCUCCACCGCCGCCAAUCAAUCGCGAAACGAUCGUCGCGACGAUUCGCCAGCUGCGCAAGACGCCAGACGUCGUCGUGGGAGCUCUUUGGCCGCACGCCAUCAAGCAGAGGGAAGACGACGAGCGAGAAGCGUCUGACGAGGUAGUCACUGCUUCCUCGCUGGGCAAGGGCAAUGGACAAAAGCUUGGAGGCAAGGCUCUGGCUGGCCCUCUGGUCCUGUUGCGCAAAGCCAAGGGUCUGUCACCCUUGACUCUUACCCUGCAUGAAGCGAAUACAAAGCAGAAACUGCUCCGAAAGAGGAGGAAUCAGGUCGCAAAGAAGCUCGGCGCACUUGCAUCUACCGCGCUUGCCUUGUCAAAGAGCCAAGAAGAGGUCACGGCUCAGAGUGCAGACGAAGAAGUGCAACUGCUUGUGAGCAAAUUGCAGGACGUACUGCUCACUGACACUGCUACGCCUCAGCCUCGCUUUGAAGCUUCCUCUUCUGUGCAAGUGUACGAGGCACUAGCCCACGUUCUGGAGAACGCCCCAGCCUUGGAGUACCCCAUCGUCACAGUAGCCGCACCAAUUGGCCUUUCCCCACCGUCGCGACUCGCCAUGCUCUGGCCUCGACUGGUUCUUUGGCCCACGCUAAUGUUCUUCGGUCUUCGCCUAGCCUCCCGCAAUAGACAGGCGAUUGCAGAGGCCAUUGCCGACGGCAAGGAGACAAUCAAGGGCUUCUUCUACAAUUGGGUCGUGGACCCUGUCAUGGACUUGUUGAACACGAUUAAGGGUGGCGACGUUGCAGAUGAUGGCGGCAUCGUCACCAAGGAAGGACGAAAAGCAGACCUGGAGAGUCUCGAAAGGAUGGUGACAACCUACGCAGUCGACAAGGGCCAAAUCUCCGCCCAAGACGCAGCACGAGCAGAGGAGCUGCGCCGCAAAGUUCGGGAGGGCGACCUGGACGUGGUGAUGCGCGCCUACGAGGAUCAGCUCAAGUCUCCCUUCAAGGCCCUGACCAUGGGCUCUCUCCCCCGCCUCCUUCUGAUUCAAGUGCAGAAGGCAAAGUACGACUUGGCCGUCGCCAUGAGCGGCAUCGACCACCUGCUCAAGUCUCAGGCUCUCCUCUUCGGGGCCGUGGGAAUCGCUCCCGCCAUGGGGAUCCUCUGGCUUGGCUUCAGGGGAGCCAAGUGGAUUGUCCGCGGGAGAGAGAUGCGAGACGACGGAAGGGAAAAGGAGCGGGCGUGGGCUGCAAUGCGCAGAGUGGAUCGUCUGCUCACCAGAGGCACCUCCUCACCCACACAUGCCGGCGAGGGCAUGUCGGACAAGGCGUAUGGUCUUUUGCUCCUAGAAUUGGCAGAUCUACGCAGAGUCGCUCAUGAGAUCCUGCCGCAUGGAGGAGGAGGCAAGAAGCAAUCCCGCCUUCGUCAUCGGCAGAACAAGGGCAAGAGUCAGACCAAGGGCAGAGCUAGAUCAGAUUCUCGUCUGACGGACUUCUUGGACGAUGUGAGGGAUCUGGAGACGAUUGCCGUUACUGCACAGGGCAGUAGUAGCAGUGGUACUGAUGGGAUGGCCGUACAGACUAGAGCAGUGGAGCGGAUGUGGCGGUGCUGGGGUAGCGUCUUGACGCUGCCUGUAUAAAUGCAAUUGUAUAUUCGUUGCCUGAAUGAUAUUGUAAAAGUACAGAUUGGCAAAGAAACCCUCUCAAGA